CCUAGCAGAGGCAGCCAAUUAUUUGUCAAACUAGCCAUCGUCGCUUAGCCUGCUAGGAGCUAAGUCCAAGUCUAUCACCAAAAACGUUUCCUCACAUUUGAACCGCUCACUUUUAUGCCAAGGAGCGAGAUUUGUGUGUAAACAGGAUGUCAACUCCAGCAAGACGACGUUUAAUGAGAGAUUUUAAACGACUGCAAGAGGAUCCUCCAGCUGGAGUUAGUGGGGCCCCAUCAGAAAACAAUAUCAUGGUAUGGAAUGCUGUCAUUUUUGGACCAGAAGGAACACCUUUUGAAGAUGGAACUUUCAAACUUACCAUUGAAUUCACAGAGGAAUAUCCAAAUAAACCGCCAACAGUGCGAUUUGUCUCCAAAAUGUUUCAUCCAAAUGUGUACGCAGAUGGCAGCAUAUGCUUAGAUAUACUUCAGAAUCGUUGGAGUCCAACCUAUGAUGUCUCUUCAAUCUUAACCUCAAUACAGUCUUUACUGGACGAGCCAAACCCAAACAGUCCAGCCAAUAGCCAGGCAGCGCAGCUGUACCAGGAAAAUAAGCGGGAAUACGAGAAGAGGGUUUCUGCUAUUGUUGAACAGAGUUGGCGUGACUGUUGACCCCUGUUGAUGUCGGGAGUGUGAACGGUGUCUGGCCCAGAAUCAAGAAACCACUGAUCAAGAAAACAAGUGAUUACACAAAUAAUGACACAUCUUAAAAUCCUUCUCAAUAUAUUUGUCCCAUAACUGUUGCUCAGUUUGUAUGCUGUUGUGUUGUGGCAUUCACUCCUACCGAAUGCUAUUGUUGGGCGAUAGCAUAAGUUUGUUAAAAGUUAAUGUACCUUGUUAUAUCUGGGUUACUUGCUACAUGCCCCCAGUCUCCUUUUUUUUCCGAAAAAAAAAAGGAAACAGCUGGUCUCUCAGUACACACUUUUCUACUUGUUUUUUCAACUGGCUGGAUGAUUCUGAGACGGUGAAUUAGAUGUGCUUGCUGUGUGGUUUUGCUGUGUAGAUACAGAAAUCCAUAUUUCCAAAAA